AUGCGAACUGUACUUUCUCGUUUCGGAUCCUUUUGUUUAUUUAAAAAUAAUGUUCAAACAGCAACAUUAGCAAGACAAAAUUGUCUUUUAUUAAAUACACAGCUGGCUGCUGCUACCACUAUAUUCACACGAUCUCGUUAUUAUGCUUCUGGACCUGAAGGUCAUAUUAGAGAUGCUUCUGACUCGGCUUUUUCCAAAAAAGAAAAGGCUAUUGAAGACCAGUGGAUUCGUGCUCAUGAUGCUGAGAAAAUCAAACAUCUUCGUGAAGAAAUUGCCAAACAAAAGGAAAAAUUAGCAGAAAUUGAAGGAAACCUAGAUGAACUUCAUAGUAAAAAUAAAAAGGAUUAG